AUUCGCACAAGUUGGUCCUCCCCGCCGCUCGCAGGUACCGGUGGGGACCGCCGGUGGUGUCUUUUAAAAUUCACCGCGGCGAUUUGACGCGCGCCUCGAGGAUACUCACGGGCGACUCACUGCACUCCGUCCUCGCCCGAAGGGUCCGAUCAGUGCGGCCUGAUCGCGCGUCGCUGUCGGGUGUUCCGUUCGCACGGGGACCAGAAGUGCAUGAGUCCCGGCUGGGUCCAGUCAGUGAAGCAAAUACACACACCGCGCCUUGUCGAAUCGGGCAGGAGGAACUAGGAAGGUUCGCUUGUAAGCCAGCCAGCCAGCCAGCCAUGAUCAUGGCUCGGACGAUUAUCCUGAUCCUGGUGGGCUUAUCGUCCGGCGUUCUUUCAUAUCGAGUGCCGACCACCCCAUGGAAUCCGAAUCACCGGCAAUGGCAACAACAUCACGACGCCACUCCCCAGUUCCAUCGAGGUGCUGUCGAGAGCCCGCCAAUCGACCGUCCAUCGGAUGAUUUAAAUUACGACGAGUUCGGCUCGCGCAGGUAUCCCCUGCGCGACGCGGUCGAGGCUCUGCCGAUCGACAACGAGUCUAAUCAGCCCCGAGACCACGAUCAGAGUUACGACAAGAGAUUGCCCCUGAGAGACGCGGUGGAGCGUCGCGAAGCCCCUUUCCUCGGCGGAAUCGAUUACGACUCCAUUUGGAUCGAGCCUUUAGCACCGCCGACUCUGCGGAGAACGCAUCAGCAGGUUUCCGAGCCCAAAGUCGUGUGCCACUUAAACUCUAGAGCCGUGCAUCGGACCGAUCCGUUCUCCCUGUUUCCACAGAACGUACCCGAUUUCAAGUGCACUCAUCUGGUGUACGCCGCGGCUACGAUCGAUCCGCAGAGAUUAGUCGUUGUGCCCAGAGAUCCGGAGUACGACCGAAUCAAAGGUGGCUACAAUGCCGCCACAGGACUUCGUUCGAAGGACCCAGGGUUGCGCGUACUGAUAUCCAUCGCGCCCCCCAACCGGGGACAACUUUUUGCCGAGGUCGUACGACGAAACUGCAGCAUGUACUGCGACGAUCUGGUUCUGUCUAUUCUCAACUUUCUCGAGGAGUAUCGCUUUGAUGGCGUCGAGAUCGAUUGGCCAAGCUCCGCCGAGUACUGGCCGAGCUUCAAACUUCUACUGAAGAAAAUUGGCAAGCCACUGGCUGAAGAGGGAUACACUUUGGCGGUGGCAGUGAGACCAACGGACCCCGUGGAUCCGGAGAUAGCGUCCAUCGUCGAUCUGAUAUUCCUGAGAAGCUGGCGAGACAUCAUCGAUCAGGGCAAGGAGAAAUUCGCCCUUCAUCCAGCUCCGUUGAACUUCGUAGCGCGUAACACGAACAAAUGGAUCGAACAAGUCGGCACGAGACGAACGUCCAAGAUCGUUCUCGGCUUGCCGAUUUUCGGUCAAGGGUACACCUUGAAGUACGGAAACUUCACCGAUGCCGGAGCGCCCGCGAUAGGACCCGGCAAAGGAGGAACAUACACCAAGCACAGAGACGGCAGGAUAGCCUACUACGAGGUAUGCGAGAAAUUGGAGGAUACCUUAUGGAUAUCCGGCAGAGACGAGGAAGGACCAUACGUGAAGCGCGGCGACCAAUGGAUCGGCUACGAGGAUCCUAUUUCGGUGAAGAUUAAAACAGCGUAUGUCCGCGCAACAGGACUCGGCGGAGUUUCCUUGUGCUCGUUGGAUUUAGAUGACUUUCAGGGUAUUUGCGGGAAUCCAUGGCCGAUGUUGAAUGCGGCCGCGCAAGCUUUAGGAGUGCACUACGAGAACGCUCCUGUGAAGAAGUGUUCGAAAAACGGCCUCUUCAGAGAUCCGGAGAAUUGUUCUGGAUUCUACUCUUGCGUGAAAGGAUUACAGUAUCAUGGCAACUGCGGCCACGGCAGAUUCUUCGACUCGAGCGAAGGACGUUGCGUAGCGGCCACUGCGGACGUCUGCAAGCCCAUCUUCGCCGAUCGAAACGUCGUGUCGUACGAAGGCUCGCUCGCGCCACUAACGGAAGCCGAGAAACAGGACAAGUUGGAGCUUUUGGAACAGGAUGGUCCACGAGUGGUGUGUUACGUAACCUCUUGGGCACUUUACCGGAAAGAUGACGGUAAAUUCGCGCCGGAACACCUGGACUCGCAACUGUGCACCGACAUCGUCUACGCCUUCGCCGGACUGAACCCUGAGACUCUGCUGAUUCAACCAUUCGAUCCUUGGGCCGACAACGAGCACAAUCUGUAUCAACGAGUCACGUCGAUCAAGGGCUCGAGGAUUCUGCUGGCCUUGGGCGGAUGGACUGACAGUUCAGGCGACAAGUAUUCGCGACUGGUCAGCGGCGAUGCCGCUCGACGCAAGUUCAUCGCCGGCGCGGUGAAUUACCUGAAGAAGCACAAUUUCGACGGUUUGUCACUCGAGUGGAGCUAUCCCAAGUGUUGGCAGAGCGACUGCAAGAAGGGCCCAGAUUCCGACAAGCCGAACUUCACCAAGUUGGUGCGCGAGCUGCGCCAGGAGUUCGAGAAGCAAAAACCGCCGCUCCUCUUGGCCGUCGCGUUGUCCGGCUACAAGGAGGUCAUCGACAAGGCGUACGAAGUGCGCGAAAUCUCUGAGGCUGUCGACUUCAUGUCAGUCAUGACGUACGACUAUCAUGGAGCCUGGGAGUCGAAAGCGGGACACAUAGCGCCGUUGUUCGGCGCUCCCGGCGACAGCAAUCCCAAUUACAACGUCAAUUCCACUAUGAACUAUCUCGUCGAGCUCGGCGCCGAGAAGACGAAGCUUCUGAUCGGUAUUCCGAUGUACGGCCAGUCCUACCGACUCGCGACGGCGAGCCAAGCUGAUCUGGGCGACCCUACGACUGGUCCCGGCAGACCGGGAGAGUUCACCAAGCAACCCGGAAUGUUGGCUUAUUACGAAAUCUGCGACAAGAUCAAACGACACGGCUGGAAAGCAGGAGUUGGACCCAGUGCUCACUUUGAUGAUCAGUGGGUGGGCUAUGAGAAUCGAGAGAGCGUCUACGCGAAGGGCAAGUACAUCACAGGGAACAAUUAUGGCGGCGCCACGAUGUGGACUGUCGAUCUGGACGAUUUCCAGAAUCGCUGCUGUUUAGAGUCAUACCCGUUAUUGAAGACAAUCAAUCGCGCUUUGGGUCGCCUGUCAUCGCCGCCACCCACCUUAGAGAACUGCCAACGUCCACCGCAACCGGUGACACCUCAACCACCGACGCUGACUACACACAGCGACGCUGCGGACGGCAGUCCACGACCCACUACGCCGAUGACGACGUCCAGCACCAAGGCGACCACGUGGCCCACAUGGACGGAGAGACCGAGCAGCACGACUCAGCAAAGCACCAGAACCACGUGGCCCACGUGGACGUGGGGCACCGUGAAACCCAGCAAGAUCCCACAGCAGGAGACGACGGUACCCAGCACGACUGUAUCGGCGUCUCUGCAACCGAGCACACCUACCAGCACCACGACGCCGUCGAGUACGUCGAGAGCGACUACGACCACACGUCCUACGGAGUCCACGACGCAGUGGCCAGCCGAGGUGACGCCGACCAUGUCGCCAGGAACGAGUUGCAACAGUGGCGAGUACUACAGCGACCCUGAGAACUGCGGCAACUACUACCGAUGCGUCCUCGGCGAGCUGAAGCGCGAACAAUGCGCGCCUGGACUACAUUGGGAUGCGAAGCGACGUCUGUGCGAUUGGCCCUCGGCGGCGAAAUGUCAAGUGGAGGCCGGCUCGACCUCGACGACGACGAGCAGCCCUUCGUGGAGCUCAACGAAGAGACCUAUGACUCUCACAACUCCCAAAACUACGACUACGAUGAGAACAACGACAACUACUAUUACUACUACUACUCAGCGACCUACGAGGUUCACCACAACGAAACCCGUCGCCAUCAUAACGACGGAGAAGCCGAAAAAACCGUGCCAGCACGGCCAGUACUACCCCUCGCCGGACUCGUGCACGCACUUUUUGGUUUGCGUGAACGGCGACCUCGUCUCGCAGCAGUGCGGCCCAGGUCUGAAUUGGAACAACGAGAAAAACAUGUGUGACUGGGCCUUCAAGAAACCGUGUAUCGAGAAACCCCAUAAGAACGCCUUGCUGUUGGAGAAGGACGCCCCGCCGGAGACCUGUGUCUCCGGUAGCUACAGCAGUGUGCCUGGUGACUGCAACAGUUACCGAGCGUGUCUGUGGGGUCGACAAGAGGUGUUCAGCUGCCCGCCAGGGUUACACUUCAACAAGCAGACUCGCAUCUGCGACUGGCCGCUCCUCGCGAAGUGCACGGAGGAGAACGACAACGCGGAGGUAACGACGCAACGGCCUUUGUCGACGGCGACCACGAAGGCGCCCAUUCCGCCGCAGGUCUCGCAGGAGCCGGUCACACAGGCGGUUGUCACUACGGAGAAGGCGCCGGUUACGUCCACCACGGUUCCUCAGCCCACCACGGCCACGACUACGACGACUCAACCCACGUCGACCUUACCCUCCGCGAUCAUAGACCCUGACAAGGUGUCCCCGUUGUCCGGCCACUUCAAAGUUGUUUGCUACUUCACAAACUGGGCCUGGUACCGUCGAGGAGUCGGCCGUUAUUUGCCCGAACACAUAGAUCACACUCUGUGCACGCACAUCGUCUAUGGCUUCGCGGUGUUGGACUACUCGGAGUUAGUCAUCAAGGCGCACGACUCAUGGGCGGACUUCGACAAUCGUUUCUAUGAGAGAGUGGUAGCAUACAAGAAGCGCGGUCUCAAGGUUCUCUUAGCCUUAGGCGGGUGGAACGACUCAGCCGGUGACAAGUACAGUCGUCUGGUGAACAACCCGAGCUCCCGGAAGAAGUUCAUCGAACACGCUAUUCGAUUCCUCGAGAAAUACAACUUCGACGGGUUGGACUUGGAUUGGGAGUAUCCCGUAUGCUGGCAAGUGAAUUGCAACAAGGGCCCGGACUCGGAUCGAGAGGGUUUCGCGGCUCUACUGCAGGAGCUGAGCGCCGAGCUGAAGCCGAGACAGUUGCUCUUGACAGCCGCGGUGUCGCCCAACAAAAUGGUCAUCGACAAAGGCUACGACGUGCCUGCACUGGCCAAGUACUUGGACUGGAUCGCGGUCAUGACGUAUGACUAUCAUGGACAAUGGGACAAGAAAACGGGGCAUGUGGCGCCCUUAUAUUAUCACGCGAACGACGAGUUCCACUUCUUUAACGCCAACUACACGAUCAAUUACUGGAUCUCAAAGGGCGCACCGCCAAGGAGCAUCGUCAUGGGGAUGCCGUUGUACGGUCAGUCCUUCUCGAUCAAUGAUCCCAGAGCCAAUACCGGUCUGAACUCGCCUGCGAGCGCCGGGAACGCCGGUGAGUUUACCAGAGCUGCCGGCUUCUUGUCGUACUACGAGAUCUGCGAUCGCGUGCGCAAUCGUGGAUGGACGGUUGUGCAGGACCCGGAGGGGAGAAUGGGCCCAUACGCCUACAAGGGUAAUCAAUGGGUCAGCUUUGACGACCCCGACAUGAUUCGCAAGAAGGCACAGUUCGUGCGCGAUUUGGGACUAGGCGGUGGUAUGAUCUGGGCUUUGGAUCUGGACGAUUUCCGUGGACGAUGCGGCGAUGGGCCACACCCGCUCAUGCAUGUGCUUCAAGAGGUAUUAGCGAGUCCACCUAACGAACAAGACAAACCCCUGGAGCCACCAUCAGUCGGGCAGGACUUGGACUGGAAGCCGCCAACGACGACAAUGAUACCGAUAACCACCUUGUCCGAACAAACAGUAAAGCCGGUGGAUCGCGUGAACGACGAUGCCAAGAACAAGUUUAAAGUCAUUUGUUAUUUCACUAAUUGGGCCUGGUACCGACAAGAAGGUGGUAGGUUUGUGCCGGAAGACAUAGAUCCUGACCUGUGCACCCACAUUCUCUACGGAUUCGCCGUGUUGGACGGCUCGACUCUAACGAUGAAAUCUCACGAUCCAUGGGCCGACAUAGACAACAAGUUCUACGAGAAAGUGGCGGCUUUCAAGUCGAAGGGCCUGAAAGUACUCAUGGCGCUCGGCGGUUGGAAUGACUCGGAGGGCGACAAGUACAGCCGACUGGUGAACUCGCCGUCGGCCAGACAAAAGUUCGUGGCGCAGGUGUUGCACUUCAUCGAGAAGUACGGCUUCGAAGGUCUCGAUCUCGACUGGGAGUACCCGGUUUGUUGGCAGGUCGACUGUAAGAAAGGUCCUCAGUCGGACAAGGAAGGCUUCGGUCAGCUGGUGAAGGAACUGAGCGACGAGUUCAAGCCGAAGGGACUGCUCCUCUCCGCGGCGGUCUCGCCGAGCAAGAAGGUCAUCGACGCGGGAUACGAUGUGCCGGUUCUCUCCAAGUAUUUGGACUGGAUAUCCGUCAUGACAUAUGAUUUCCACGGGCAGUGGGACAAGAAGACCGGACACGUGGCACCGUUGUACAGUCUCCCGAACGAUUGGGAGCCCACAUUCAACGCCAACUUCUCGAUUCAUUACUGGAUCGAGAAAGGAGCAGACCCGAGGAAGCUGGUGAUGGGCGCUCCAUUAUACGGACAGUCGUUCUCGUUGGCGGAGAGAAACGAGCACGGGCUGAACGCGCCGACAUACGGCGGUGGCGAAGCCGGGGAGGCAACCAGGGCGAGAGGAUUCCUGUCGUAUUAUGAGAUAUGCGAUAGGACGCUGAAGAAAGGAUGGACAGUGGUUCAAGACAAAGAGAGAAGAAUCGGUCCCUAUGCAUAUAAAGGUGAUCAGUGGGUGAGUUUCGACGACGCUCAACAGAUCAAACUGAAGGCGGAGUUGAUCAAGAAACUCGGCCUGGGAGGUGGCAUGGUUUGGGCCUUGGAUCUGGACGACUUCAAUAACAGAUGCGGCUGUGAGCCUAGUCCGCUGCUGAGGACGAUGAAUCGAGUUUUGAGGGACUAUCCGAAGGGUCCGCUGUGUCCCGUCACGGGCGACACAGAAUCGAUCAUGAUCGACGUCGGUGAAAGCGGCAUUGAGUCCACGACUGUCACGGAAGGCCCGAUAUACGAAUCCACCACGUCGUCGAAACCAACGUAUUUGCCACCACUGUCAACAACUACAACGACGACGCCAUCGCACCAAGAGGAUAUCGACGAUACUGUCGAGGUGGAAGCCGGCCCAGCACCUCCGGUUGCCACACCGAUUGGCGACUGCGGCGGACGUUUGUUCAUACCCCAUAAGAGCGAUUGCAACAAGUACUACCUCUGUAACUUCGGCAAGCUCACGGAACACUCUUGUCCACCAAAACUCUACUGGAACGAGGAUAGAUGUGAUUGGCCGGAGAACAGCAAGUGCAAGAACGUUCAACGUCAAAUCGGCGAAGCGGUCGCAAUGAGAGUCAGCGAGAACAUCAACAAAAAAAAGGUGGUUUGCUAUUAUACGAAUUGGGCUUGGAGGCGAGCGAGCGUCGGCAAAUUCCUGCCGAAGGACAUCAACGACGAGCUCUGCACGCAUGUUGUGUACGCUUUCGCUACGUUGAACAUACAGAGACUGUCGGUGAACAUCGAGGAUUCGGUCGACAUUUACAACGACUUCCUGACCGAAAUGGUGGAACUCAGGAAGAAAAGCAACAUCAGAGUGUCGCUCGGUUUAGGCGGCUGGAACGACUCGAAUGACGACAAGUACAGCAGACUGAUCGGCAACAAGUCAGCCAGAAGGAAAUUCGCCCAUCGCGUCGCGCAAUUCGUCGAGAAGCACGGAUUCGACGGCAUGGACCUCGACUGGGAUUUCCCGGUUUGCUGGCAGGCCGACUGCAGCCGCGGCCCGCGCAGCGACAAGGAAGGCUUCGCGAUGCUGUUGGAAGAGCUCAGCACGGCGUUCAGGUCCAGAGGACUGCUGUUAUCCGCCGCGGUCUCGGCCAACAGGGUCAUCGUCGACCUCGCUUACGACGUGCCGUCCUUGGCUGAGUACCUCGACUGGAUCGCCGUGAUGACGUACGACUAUCACACCUCCGGGGAAGGCGAAACCGGCCACAUCGCGCCGCUCUCCACCUACCCCGGUGACGGUACUUCACACCUGAACGCGAACUACUCCGUGAGAUAUUGGCUCGACAAGGGCGCUCCGCCCGAGAAGCUCGUCAUGGGUAUACCCACUUACGGGCAGAGCUUCACCUUGUCCGAGACGCCGCGGGACACUCGCGCCGUACCAGGCUUGCAUGCGAAGGUCUCUGGACCUGGAGAACCCGGCAAGCUCACCAGGUCGGCUGGUUUCUUGGCUUAUUACGAGAUAUGCGAUCAUGUGAAGAACGACGGAUGGUCGGUGGUGAGAGACCCGGAGGGUCGUAUGGGACCGUACGCGUCAAAACGCAACCAGUGGGUUAGCUAUGAUGACGUGUCCACCGUGGCGAGGAAAGCCGAUCUCAUAAGGGAGCUGAACCUCGCCGGUGGAAUGGUGUGGUCCAUGGACCUCGACGACUUCAACAAUCUCUGCGGCUGCGGCAAGUUCCCGCUGUUGACAGCGUUGAAUCGCGGGCUCCGGGGAGGAGCCCACGAUCGCGGAUCGACGGAUUGCACCUGAACCGCAUCUCAGAUUAACAGAGUAAGAGGGUGACGCGUGUGAUCUUCGAGGAGGAUCUGCGUGCGCGCAUUAUCGUCACCGUCUUACGACCCUUCUCCUCGAUAAUGCCGCUGAUUCUCUCGUCUAUUAUCCGUGCAUUCUGCGUUCUUCGCGGUCGAAUUCCCGUCAAUGAUGCCGCCAGGCGACACGUCCUCUUAAGCGUCUUCUACAAUGGCAGUAGAAGUAGUAGGAAGAAAUAAGCAGUAAGUAAAUUGACCAAUUCCAUUCUUACGUUUCAAAA